AACAGUGGAAGGGGGUUUAGCAUUCCGCAACGCUCUCAUUGGUAUCGAUGGAGCUUUUCUCUCACCCUUAAACUCUAUCAAAAAUUUCCUGGGGUUUAAGCCAUGGCAGAUUUGGACGACGAUUUCGGAGACAUCUACACUGAUGUCGAAGCGCAGGCCGCUUCAGCCAUCAACGGCGUAUCGGACUUCGCUCAGUUCUAUACAGAAGCCGAAGACCAGCAAGAUAGGAAUGAUAGUAACAACAAUGCAAAGAACGGCAAGGGUUUCGUCUCCGAUUCUAAGAAACCCAAAGAGGAAUUGGGUGGUAAAGUUUUGGGUUCGGAGUCGGAUGAGGAUUACAGUGACAGUGAGGAUGACCUGAAUAUAGUUUUGAACGAUGGGGGUUGUAAAGGUAUUCCCUUUCCGGUUUCAGGUGGAGGGAGCAUGAGGGUUGAUGAUUAUGAAGAUGAGGAUGAUGAUGCUCUUGUGCCCAUGAAAGAUUGCAAGUAUGUAUGGACUCAAGGAUCUACCUGUCCAAGCAAUGGAAAAGCCAAUGAGUCUUUGGAUUUGGUGUCGCCUAUGCCGUUUGGAGGAGACCACUCGCAGAUUAGUCGUGUUCGUGAUACACCUAAUCCAGUGGUGAUUCGAAAUAGAUAUGGUUUUCGACUUCCUUGGUAUAGGACCAUACUGGACGUGGAUGUUGAAUCAUUUGAGGAGAAGUCAUGGAGGUAUCCUGAAGUUGAUAUAACAGAUUACUUCAAUUUUGAUUUGAACGAGGACAGCUGGAAAGAGUACUGCAACUCCCUGGAACAACUUCGGCGGCUAAAAUCCACACAGUAUGGCAUGCCUGGCUCUUCAAAAUUUUAUCAGGUUAAAGAAGCUGGAUCUGAGUAUGGCAGAUUCACCCAGGAAACUAUGCCUAAAGAAAUGAAUUAUGCUGGAUCAUGGACAUAUGCUUCUCCAUCAUCAACAGUUUCUGAUUUCAGAGUGAGACAGUUGGAACUACCAAAAGGGAAAGCAAUUCAGAUAGAAGAUAGUGUUGUUGAACGCCAACCAUCUUUUGAUAGCAGGCAUCCACAAAGUUGGAAUUCUGAUGUUGUGAUACAGAUUUCUGUGCAUGAUCCCACCCAGGAAACCUCCCAUUCUGGUGAGGAACAUGGGCAUACAAAUAGCAGGGCCCAUGAGACAUCUGAAAAUGGGGAGCUUGAUGCAAAUGGAAACCAAAACAAUAUCUCAUAUAAUACUACGACCGAUGAUGAUUCAUCAUUAGGAAGUCCAGAAGCAAACACAAGAAAAUUAGACAGAUGUUCCCAGAAGAUCAGUGCAUCCCAUCCAAUGACAAUAGACUCCGAUGAUCACAGUAACCAGGUCAUUGGUGUUGAUGGGGAUAACCAUAAGGAGGUGAAUGGUAUCUCAUUGGAGGCCAUUGAAAUUGCAAAUAAAGUGACAGAAAGUCUUGACAGGAAUACUUCCUGUGCUGAUCAAUGCAUGAUGGAGACACUAUUAUUGGUGAGUGAUGGCGAUGAUCACCUUAGUCUCAUUUCGUCAUGUUUUGCAUCUGAUUCUGAAGCUUCCAAGAACAGUGUUCAUUUUGAUCCAGAAGAUAUUCAUACUCCUGUAAGCCCUGUGGUGAAUUCACACACUGAACCACACAAGCCUGUCACAUCAUCUUUUAAGAACUCAAAAAGCAAUUGCAUCAAAAGAAAAAGAGUUGAUAUCCAAGAUUAUUCCAUCUGUAGAAGUUCUUCUCAAAAGAAGCACAAUCAUCAGGCCAGGAGGCUUAACAGUGGUGAUGAACCAAGUAAGCACAGAAACAAUGACAAUGAUAGGUCACCCACCUCAGAUACAGAGAACCCAUAUAACAGGAAUUGCUCAGAGAAUUUUCGUGGACAGAAGGACAGGCUGCGAGAUUCUGGCGGUAGUAACAUAGAAGAUAGUCCAGAUUAUAAAGAACCAAAGUUUUCCUGCCAUUAUGGUAUUAGAUAUGAUGAUAACCAUCAUCGGAAUCAAAGAGAUAAGAGAAAUUUUUCAAGUAGAAAAGGUAGUCACCUGUUCCAAGAGAAACUAGAUCCAUAUACGAAAAGAACUUUUAAUGAAAGGCAGACUUUCUGUGAAGAUAAGGAUAGAGAUUGGAGUCACUUUGGAAGAAUGCAGUUCACUGAAGAGAGGAGUCCUCUCCCCAGCAGGGAGUCCAGGGGGUUGCAUUAUAGGUGUUCCUCCACCGUUGAGGAAAGGGGUGCUCAAUGGGGAAGGAAUAGCAACAAACUGCUAUUUAAGAAAAUAUCCAAUUAUAAGUGGCAUGAAGAUGAUUUUCUGGGAGAAAAAGCUGGGAGAUACGCAUCAUUCACUAGUCGAAAAGGGAAUAAUUUUGAUGACUUUGAUGAGAGGCAGUUGCCACCCGUCAGGAGAGAAUUAAGUAACUGGGGGCGAAGGGGUGGAUAUGUGGACAGUCCCAUUUAUUUGGAUGAUUCACACUCUGAGCAAUUUGAAGAUGAAUAUUGCAAACACAGAGAAAAUCGAGACUGCUCCCAUCAGUCUUACAGAGACUUGUAUACAGCUGAUGAAGGAAGCUGGAAUCUCUCCAUAUCACCAAGAAAUGAAGUUUCUUACCCAAGAACAAGUGAUGAAAGAUAUUGGAGACGUGUGAGAAAAAUAGAUGCCGAAGAAGCCAAUCAGAUUAAUUGGUUUGAUGAUCACCAUGAUGCUUAUGAAAUCGAAGAUAACAUGUAUCGUAAUGAUCAUUUAAGGUGGAGAAGAUCUAACUGGCAAUCUGAAGUUAUGCGCUGGACUGAAGACCAGUUUACUUUCAGACAUCACAGUGAUGAAUUGUAUUCUGAGAAAGCAUCACGUUCUUAUCAGAAAUUUGUACGGCGUGAAAAAUUUCAUGCUAAAUAUGGUCCUCUGCAUGAUGGAAUGCCUAUUGAUAUUAUACAGCCAGAGCAGCAUGGAUUGAAAAUGGCCAGAAAAGGAGUCGGUCCUAACUUUAUUAAUAGAAGUGCUAAGAUGCAUAGAGUUAAGCAUGAGCAGACGUUGAGGCGCAGGGAUUCGAUGGACUUGGCUGUUAGGGAACAAAAGAUCUCUGCAAGAUGCUCCAAAGCCAGAUUUUCGAUAUGCAAUGGUAGGCCAGAAAGUAGGGGUGCAGAGAUUAGUGGAGAGGGGAUAACCUCAGGGAAAUCACAGUCGUGUGAAUCUGAGAAGGCGAGGGCAGUAGAAAACACCCAAAAAUUUGCAUGGGACCGAAACAACGAGAAAGGGCAUCAUAUGUUUCCAGUUACAAAUCAAAAUGCUGAUUUGGAUAUAGAGGAGGGCCAGAUUGUAAUACAAGAACAGAAUACAGCAAAUCCUUUGCAGAGAAAACAUGCUUAUGAUCACACAGCACCAGCCCACAGCGUGAAAAAGAGAAUGUUUGAUUGUCAUAAUGCUUCCAAUGGGAAUCAGGUUGUAGAAGGACAUGACAAACAAAAGAUUCUUCAGACAAUGGCUAAAAUGGAGCAACGUGAGGAGCGCUUUAAGGAGCCGAUCACCUUAAAAAAGGAGCCAGACAAGUUGGUCAAGCCUGAGGUUGAUCCCACAGUUCAAGCAGCUGAAGAAAAGCAACAUAGGCCAGCCCGAAAGAGGCAGUGGGGUGGUAGGUUCUCAAAGAACGACUCUCUAAUGUCGGGAAUUCCAUUGAAAGCAAGGUUCUGAAAGAAACAUCUUUUCCCCUGUUCAUUGCAAACGGUCAGUUGACGCUACCUUACCUCCGUGUGAGUGACUCAAGUGAUGCGCUGAUAUCAAUAAAGUUGAUGCGGUAGGCUGCUGUUUAUAAAAUGUGAUGUCUCUUUUUCAAAUGUGGUGUCAGACUUGGUGUCAGGGCUGAAAGUUUCCUCAGAAUCAUUUUUCCUAUUUGAAGCAGGUAAAUAAAUUAAAGCGCAGCUUGGCAUUUCAGAUAAAGGAAUCAGGUUACAGCUUCAUUCUUUUUGUCAGAGAAAUUGGAGACAUUAGUAAUUCAAUACUUUGUGUAAUGUAUAAAUUGGAGGUAGAUUUCUCCAAUCCAAGAACCAAGAUUCAGUUUUGAGAAUCUGUACAUUUACGCUAGGUUAUAGGAACCAUGUGCUGGGUUUAUAACCGUA